AUGGCUAAUCAACACAACCUUGCCUCAGACCCAGUCAAUGUUGUAGCCAAACAGAUCAUGAACCAGAUCACCAACAAAUGCGGAAAAAGGUUGAUACCGUUGGUGUUAAGGACAUGUCACAACUGCAAGCCAAUCGGUGAAGUAACGCGAGUGUGGACACAGAAAAUUGACCGCAACCUCGAGCUGCGAGCACUUGCCCAAGAUGGCGUCGUACAGCACGCGCGUCCUCUGACGUUGUUGUUUGGAUGGAUGCUUGCUAAGCGCAAACACUUAGAGAAGUACGAGGAGUACUACCUAAAUAGGGGCUACAACGUUCUCACUGUGUCAGGUUCUCCCAUGGAUGUUUUAAAGCCAGCAAGGGCUCAGGGAAUUGCAAGCAAAAUUCUUGCACACAUCGAUGACCGAACUCGUGAGCAUGGCGACCAGCCAAUCCUUCUUCAUGGAUUUUCGGUAGGAGGUUAUCUGAUUGGUGAGCUUCACGUGAAACUUAAUACUGAGAAGACAGUAGCACGUGACUUACUAAUAGCACAAGUCUUUGAUAGUCCCGUCGACGUAGACGGUGUGCCAAUAGGAUUUUCGACAUCUAUGACCAAUAAUCCAGUCCUUAGGUUUAUAAUUUGGUAUUCAUUAAAUCUGUAUAUGGCAAUAUUUAAGACGAAUGUUUCACAAUUUCGCAGAGCGUCGGAAGCUUUCAAAUUCAAUAAGUAUAAAGUACCUUCACUGUUUCUAUAUUCCAAAGCGGAUUCCGUGGCAAGUUUUGAAACAGUGGAUGGUUUUACAGAAGGCUUCAAGCAGCGAAAGAUACCGGUUGAGAGUAGAUGCUGGCCCGACUCACCCCACGUGAGUCACUAUUACUGCUACCCUAAAGAAUACAUCGAAACCCUAACGUCAUUCUUGGACACGUAUGCACGUAAUGCUCCUGCUAAAGUCAUGGGUAAGGUGAAGGACACAAUAAAAUGA